UAGAGCGGACGGAGGGCCGUCGUUUUGUCUGGCGCACGACGGGGCUUUUAGCAAUAUGGCGAAGUGUGUCACGGGGGGCACGGUGAGACGUAGUGCCGUUUGAGAGGAUGACAAGUUCGCGGUAUGGGUUGAGAAUAAUGUAGCGGUGACGUGCGUAUCGUGCGAGAGUCCGACGUAAUCGUGCACGUAAACUGCGUCGUCGUCGAGCGGGUUGUGUGUUCGCCCCCGGUUACGGUGAUUACGGGAUACGAGAGUGUGCUGCGCGCCUUCGUCGUCGCCGCUGCCGCCGUCGCCGCCGGUGUGUGCAGAAGUCAUGGCUACGGAUAAAAUAAAGGUCGCCGUGCGGGUACGGCCGUUCAAUCGCAGAGAGCUGGAACUCGGUACGCAAUGCGUCGUCGAGAUGACGGGGCAGCAAACCAUCUUACAGCAUCCUACCACGAUGGACAAGAUCGAUCGGAACAAACCGAAGACCUUCGCGUUCGACCACUGCUUUUACUCCCUCGAGCCCGGGGUAGACAACUUCGCGAGCCAGGAGAUCGUCUUCGAUGCCCUGGGUCGCGAUAUCCUGGACAAUGCGUUUCAGGGUUACAACGCCUGCAUCUUCGCUUAUGGACAGACCGGCUCCGGGAAGUCUUACACGAUGAUGGGCAGUGGCGACAAUAAAGGGAUAAUACCGCGGCUGUGCGACAAUCUCUUCGACAUGAUAGCGAAGCAACAGAGUUCCGAACUCACGUACAAGGUCGAGGUGUCGUACAUGGAGAUUUACAACGAGAAGGUGCACGACCUCCUGGACCCGAAGCCGAACAAGCAGUCACUCAAAGUUAGGGAGCACAAUGUCCUGGGGCCCUACGUCGACGGGCUCAGUCAGCUGGCGGUUACUUCGUUCCAGGACAUUGAUAAUCUCAUGGCGGAGGGUAACAAAUCGCGAACGGUCGCGGCGACGAACAUGAACUCCGAGAGCUCCCGUUCGCAUGCCGUGUUCUCGGUAAUUCUCACGCAGACCUUAACGGAUUCGAAGAGCGGGGUCAGCGGGGAGAAGGUCUCGCGGAUGAGCUUAGUGGAUUUAGCUGGGAGCGAAAGGGCUGUGAAAACCGGAGCAGUGGGUGAUAGACUUAAAGAAGGAAGCAAUAUUAACAAGUCCCUAACGACGUUGGGUCUAGUCAUUUCGAAGCUGGCGGAUCAGAACUCUGGGAGCAACAAGAACAAGGACAAAUUCGUGCCGUAUCGAGAUUCUGUUCUUACGUGGCUCUUGAAGGAUAAUCUUGGUGGAAAUAGCAAAACCGUAAUGGUGGCCACAAUAUCGCCGGCCGCCGACAAUUACGAAGAGACGUUAUCGACCCUUCGAUACGCCGACAGGGCGAAGAGGAUAGUCAAUCAUGCUGUGGUGAACGAAGAUCCCAAUGCCAGGAUUAUUCGGGAACUGAGGCAGGAAGUUGAGACUUUGAAAGAAAUGUUGCUACACGCCACGGGCCAAGGAUCGAUCGUCGGUCAGCAACGCACAGACAUCACGGAGAAGCUGUCGGAGUCGGAGCGGUUGAUGAAGGAGAUGUCGCAGACGUGGGAGGAGAAGCUCGUCAAGACCGAGAGACUGCAGCACGAGAGGCAGCAAGCUCUGGAGAAGAUGGGAAUAAGCGUGCAAGCGUCUGGUAUUCAAGUGGAAAAGAACAAAUACUACCUGGUGAAUUUGAACGACGACCCGAGCUUGAACGAGCUGCUGGUUUAUUACCUCAAGGAGAGAACUCUCGUGGGCGGUCGCGCGGCCAAGAUCGAGCAGGACAUUCAGCUGCACGGCUUGGGUAUCCUGCCGGAGCACUGCGUCAUCACGAUAGAAGAAUCAGGCCUGUACAUGACGCCGUUGAACGGCGCUCGAUGUUUCGUGAACGGCACGCAAGUGGUGAGCAAGACCCCGCUGUUGCACGGCGACAGGAUCGUCUGGGGGAACCAUCACUUCUUCCGCGUGAACUGUCCGAGAAGCGCCACAGCGAUCAACAGCGAGCCUCAAACUCCUGCGCAGAACAUCGACUACAACUUCGCCCGGGAGGAGCUUAUGCUCAACGAGCUCUCGAACGAUCCCAUUCAGAGAGCCAUCGCGAGACUGGAGAAACAACACGAGGAAGAUAAGCAGGUCGCGUUGGAAAAGCAGAGGCAGGAGUACGAACGGCAGUUUCAACAACUGCGCAACAUACUGUCCCCUUCUACGCCCUACUCGCCGUACGUGCCGUACGACCCCCUGAGAGGCAGCCAGAGCGGAAAGCUCCCGGCUUGCACGCCGACCACGCAAAUGCGCGUCGAGAAGUGGGCGCAGGAGCGGGACGAGAUGUUCAAGAGGAGCCUGGGCCAAUUGAAGACGGACAUCUUGAAGGCCAACGCGCUCGUGCAAGAGGCUAAUUUCCUCGCGGAGGAGAUGGACAAGCAGACCAAGUUCAGCGUCACCCUGCAAAUUCCUCCGAACAACCUCAGCCCGAACAGGAAGAGUGUAUUCUUUCAGCGGGGCGCGUUCGUCAGCGAGCCCGCGAUUUUAGUGAAGAGAACGAAUACGGGUAGCCAAGUGUGGUCCAUGGAGAAACUAGAAAAUAAGUUAGUCGAUAUGCGGGACAUGUACGAGGAACGGAAAGAUCCUCACUGUCAGCGACUACCUGCUAUCAAGGACGAAGUGCCGGGGAAAACGCAGGAUCCAUUUUACGAAUCCCAGGAGAAUCACAAUCUGAUCGGCGUCGCCAAUAUUUUCUUAGAAGUGCUGUUUCACGAUGUACGAUUAGAUUAUCACACCCCGAUUAUUAGUCAGCAAGGAGAGGUCGCUGGUCGACUGCAGGUCGAGAUAAGUCGCAUAUCCGGACAGUUUCCCCAAGAUCGAAUUUGCGAGGCCGCCUCGGAGUCCUCCGCGGACUCAUCGACAUCCUCCGAGCCGGAGGAUUACUCGGGUUCCAGCCACAUCACCUGCCGCGUGACGAUAAAACAAGCCACCGGCUUACCGCUCUCGUUGAGCCACUUUGUGUUUUGUCAGUACAUGUUCUGGGGCCAUUCCGGGCCGAUAGUGGUCCCGCCUGUGGUGAACGCCGAGCUGCCCAACUCCAAUUGUAUCACCGGGCAGAGGGACUCCCUGGCAUUCAAGUUCGAUCACACGAAGGACUUCACUGUGCCCAUCACGGAGGAGUUCAUCGAGCACAGCGCUGAAGGAGCCUUGAGCAUAGAAGUAUGGGGCCACCGAAGCGCUGGUUUUUCGCGCAGCAAGCCCGGAUGGGAGGUGGAACAGCAGCAAUUGGCGAAAGCCAGAUCGCUCGCCGACCGGUGGUCGGAACUGACAAGGAAGAUCGAACUGUGGGUGGAGAUACAAGAGCUCAACGAGCAAGGGGAGUACUCGCCCGUCGAAGUCGCGGUGAAACAGGACACGUGCACAGGCGGCAUUUAUCAGCUGCGGCAAGGCCAACAACGUCGGAUACAAGUCCGAGUGAAACCAGUACAAAAUUCCGGAACCCUACCGAUAAUCUGCCAAUCGAUAUUAAAUAUAGCCGUCGGGAGCGUGUCCGUGCGGAAUCGACUGCAAAUCCCAUUAGAUAGUUACCAAGACGAGGACCUGAGUAUACUGAGGGAAAAGUGGAGCGACGCCCUGAUGAGAAGGAGACAGUACCUCGAUCAACAGAUUCAGAAGCUCAUCAAUAAGCAAGGUAAAACGGAACAAGACAUAGAACGAGAGCAAAGUCUCGUGGAUCAGUGGGUCAGUCUGACGGAGGAGCGGAACGCCGUCCUGGUUCCUGCGGCGGGUUCUGGUAUCCCCGGUGCUCCCGCCGACUGGAAUCCUCCCUCAGGAAUGGAACCUCACAUCCCUGUGUUGUUUCUGGAUCUCAAUGCUGACGACCUAUCGACGCAUCAGUCGGGAGAAGAAGUAUCGGUGACAGGAUUGAACUCGAUCCUGCCCAAGGAGCACGGAAACAAGUUUUAUAAUCUACCGAUCAUCCGACACCUGGAGAAAGACGUAUGUGCCAUCGCCGCUUGGGACUCCAGCAUACACGACAAUGUGCAUUUGAAUAGAAUAACCGAUGCGAACGAGAGGGUGUUCCUGAUUCUGAAGACUACCGUUCGUCUCUCGCAUCCGGCACCGAUGGAUCUUGUGCUGCGCAAGAGACUGGCUUUAAACAUAUACAAGCGGCAGAGCAUCACGGAUCGAAUUUUCAAGAGGAUCGUCCGCACCGACUGCUUAGCGCAAACCGGCGUCACCUAUGAAGUGGUUUCCAACAUACCAAAGGCAAGCGAGGAGCUGGAGGAUCGCGAGAGUUUAGCGCAGAUUGCCGCCAGCGGGGAAGAUAAUAGUUUGUGCGACGGAGAAACUUACAUAGAGAAGUAUACCCGUGGCGUAUCCGCUGUCGAGAGUAUAUUGACGUUGGACCGAUUACGACAAAGCGUCGCUGUGAAAGAAUUGUUACAAGCACAAGGACAGCCACUGAUGCGGAAGACCGCAAGUGUUCCAAACUUCUCGCAGAUUAUGAGAUUCGACACGUCGAUGGACUCGUUGAACGUCACGCGCUCGGAAAGUGUAACUGAUCUCAACACGGAAAUGAAUGGCCUCCCGCACGCGCGACGUGCGUCCACCGGUCACGCGAGAAACGACGAAAACUUCAUAUCUGCGCCGCCGAAGCCGUUUGGAAUCGGCUCCAUUCUGAACUCAGCGAGACCAACUUUCCUGAAUCUGAACCUGAAUCUCAACUCAUUGACUCGUCUUCAACAAUCUACCUCUGCCAAGUCAUCUCCGAACAUGGUCGGUAGCAAGCUGGGUCUUCGUAUGACCACGUUGCAUGAGGAAACGUCGAAUGUGGGUAAUCAAGCAUCCACUCCGAUCAACGACGACGAUGAGGAGAAGAGCGACGCCGACUAUUCUGAAUACGACGCAUAUCAGGCCCCACCGAAACCGGUGAAACCGCUACCCGCUUCACGCACACUGGACUCUUUGGUCGAGCUGCAAUCGACGAAGAUCAACACGCCUAGCAUGAGCAGCAGCGGUUACGGCUCUCAAGCCGUGUCCACGACGAAUCUAACGUCGGAGGACUCCAUCUCCAUCAAGUCCAUCAGCGUGGACGAGACUCCGGACCUAGAGUACCGUAAUCUCCUCGAUAACAAGAAACCCGAGAAGAUGGACAGUUCCCUCGUCGAGGAAACGCCCGAGGAAUACCUGGGGGAAGUGAACUCCGCGUUGGACAACCUGAACGUCGUCUCGCCGGACGUUUGCACAGACGAGCACAGUAGGAAGAAUCUAGAAGAGUCAACAGGGGCGUACGCGGAUACUGACAUCGAGAGCCCGGUCUCCUCCACGAAGAGCGAGAGCGACACCAACAGCAACGUGACUCACCACGUCGAGACGCAGAGAACAAGCGCACACGAUCAGAUCCUCGACGACAGAAGGAAAAACGAGAUGGAGAUCAGCCAGACGUCCAAUUCCGGGGACGACAGUCCUAUGGAAGGAACUUCCGUCGUACACACCAAACUGCCACCUGGCAAGGUCGUGCGAAGAAGAAAGACUUCUAGUGGUACAGGAAGGCCUACCAGUUCGCAGCAUAGAGCUUCGUUUCCUAUGGUCCGUCCACAACUUUCUGAGAGUAAGGCUGCAGCACGUUUGGAACAAACGCUACAACCUAGUAUGCCAUAUGAAAACGGCGACAAUAGUUCUUCGGAGAGAAUCGACGCAGACGACGUCAGCGAUAAAAGUUCGGCUUUCGGUUCGAGGCACGAUCUGACGCGAGUGGAAACACCCUUACCGGGCUGGGUCGUCAUCGGUGAAUCCGUUUUGGUUCGUCCUUACAAUUAUUCCGGGGUGAUAGCGUAUAUCGGCACCACAGAAUUCGCAUCCGGAACCUGGAUAGGGAUUGAACUUGACGCUCCAACCGGCAAGAACGAUGGUGCUGUUAACGGUCACAGGUACUUCACGUGUCGGUCAAAAUGUGGUAUAUUCGUCAAGGUGGACAAAUUGAUACAAGACAGACGAAUCGGAAGAGCGCUCAGGACCUACACGAAGCAGGAAACCGUGCCGGCACCAUCCGCGUCUAUGCGCAGGAGCGUUAGCAAGGGCGAAGGGUUACAUUCCUUGCACCGAAGUCGCAGCCGAGGGGAGGGCCUCUCCACAACAGGUACACGUUCUUUUCCACGCGGCAAGUAAACGGAUCACACACACAUACACGAGAAACACACAUAUACGGAGAGAGAGAGAGAGAGAGAGAGAGAGACACUGCUUCACCAUACUUCGUGUUGAUGAGGGGGAAAAAAAA